AUGGGUGCAACAACCGAACAUGUCCAGGGACGGUCUGCUCUCAUCCUCUACGGCACAGAAACCGGCACCUCGCAGGAUUUUGCUGAAGAGAUCAGCCGCUGUCUCGAGCGACUUCGAUUCAACACAGACGUCGCAGGCCUGGAUGAUGUCAAAUACAAUCAUCUGAGCGCCUAUACCUUCACCGUCUUCGUCAUUUCCACAACUGGCCAGGGUGACUUCCCCGACAAUGCUCGGAAAUUCUGGACCAGUCUCCUUCGCAAGAAGCUUCUUCCCACCACCCUAGCGGGUAUCAGAUAUGCCCUAGUUGGACUCGGGGACAGCUCUUAUCCCAAGUUCAACUGGGCUGCGAGGAAAUUGGACAAACGACUGCGACAACUCGGGGCCACUCCGGUCAUUGACCCAUGUGAAGCUGAUGAGCAAGGGGAUGAAGGGACAGACGGCUCUUUCCUGGCAUGGCUGGACCUUUUCCGCAAGACUGUGUUGGAUACUUUCCCACUACCAGAAGGUGUUACUACCUUAUCAAACGAAGUCCUCUUACCCAGCAAAUACCGCUUGGAGGGUGUCCUAACAGGAUCUCAAUCCGUCGAGACACCAUCGAGCGCCGACGGAGUAGAUCUCAACGCCACGAACACUUCUGCCAACUCUUUCGCUGCCGUGUUAGAGGUGAAAGAGCGAGUAACGCCAUCCGACCAUUGGCAAGAUGUCAGGUUCAUGAGACUGAAAGCCAGCGGAAGGAUCGAAUACAUGCCGGGCGACGCUCUGGCCAUCUCCCCUCGAAACAUGCCCACAGAUGUAUCGUUUCUGAUUGAACGCAUGAAUUGGCAUGCAGCUGCCGAUAUACCGAUACGUCUCAUCUCAACUCGCUCAAAUAAAAACAAUCUCUCGACCCUCCAUCCCAUAUUCACCCGUACAGAUCUCACCCUCCGCACCCUCUUGACCGAAUACCCAGACAUCAACGCCAUCCCUCGACGAUCCUUCUUCGGUGCCAUCGCGAACUACACCAGCAAUGAGAUGCAUAAAGAGCGACUUUUGGAAUUCACCGAUCCACAGUAUCUAGACGAGUACUACGACUAUGCCACUCGGCCGAGACGAAGCAUGAUUGAAAUCCUGCAGGAGUUCGACUCCGUCCAGAUUCCAUGGCAGGAAGUGACGAACAUCUUCCCGCCUCUGCGGCUACGCCAGUUCAGCAUCGCGAGCGGCGGCGCGUUGAAAUACACCCAAGACGGCAGGGCAACCAUUUUCGAGCUGUUGGUGGCCAUCGUUAAGUAUAGGACCGUCAUCAAGCGCAUCCGUGAGGGCGUGUGUACGAAAUACCUCGCACAGCUGCCGGUAGGAACGACGCUGCAGGUCUCUUUGAAGACAGAAGGUCGCUUCUCCAAAACCUCUGGUCUGGAGGAUUCAACUCAUAUCCUUGUCGGCGCCGGUACGGGUAUUGCGCCGCUGCGUGCGCUGAUUCACGAGAAGAUACAACAUGGUCAGCUCUGUGGUAGAACCGCGCUGUUCUUCGGCUGCCGCAACGAGAAGGCCGACUAUUUCUUCCGCGAUGAGUGGGCUGCUAUACAGCAACAGUUGCAGGCUCAAAGUCAGACACGGGAACAAAUAUCAGAGACUAACGCCACAGCUGACGUCGGAUUUGAAGUCAUCCCGGCAUUCUCGCGCGACCACAAGUCCAAGGUCUACGUGCAAGACCAGAUCCGCGAACGGAGCGACCUGGUAUGGAAAUACCUGCGCGACCAAUCCGCAACUAUCAUCGUAUGUGGCUCCUCCGGCGGCAUGCCCAAGGCAGUACGGCAGGCUAUUGUCGAUGCGCUUGUCCAUCAAAGUCGGCUGAGAUCGGAGGCUAAGACAGCAUUGCAUGACUCUGCGACCUCCUCCUUCUCCGCGGUAAAUUCUGCGCGCGAGCAGCCUGACGAUGGCGGGGACGAGGACGACGAGGGACCAAUCCAGACCGAAGCUGAUGCGGAAUCCUAUCUCGCCAGACUGGAAAAGGUGGGACGAUAUAAGCAGGAGACAUGGUCAUGA